AAAUACAUAACGAUAACGGUUAGUUUUAAGUUAACAGUUGUUUGAUAUUUUUGAUUUAUAUUCGUUAUUAUUCUUACUACGUAGCAAAGUACAACGUAAAUUCAUUACUGUUUACAAGACGAAUAAACGCAAAGAUGAGUGAAGAUUCAGUUAAAGUUGCUGUUCGUAUUCGUCCAUUAGUAAAGACUGAGAUUGAACGAGGUUGUCAAAAGUGCUUAGAUGUUAUUCCUGGUGAAUCACAAAUAACUAUGUGUAAUACGACUAAGUCUUUUGCAUUUAAUUACGUAUUUUCUCCUGACAUUAGUCAAGAGGAGUUUUAUAAUACUGCUGUUAAAGACAUGGUGAAAAAUAUCUUUAAAGGCUAUAAUAUUACUAUAUUAGCUUAUGGGCAAACAGGAAGUGGUAAAACUUAUUCAAUGGGUACAAAUUAUGUUGAAGAAGAGAAUAUGGGUGUUAUACCUCGAGCAGUAAAUGAUAUAUUUGAUAUGAUUUUAUUGAAAGAAGAUUGGAACUUCAAAGUUACAGUUUCAUUUAUGGAACUUUAUCAAGAACAAUUGUAUGAUUUGUUAACUGACAAGCAACGAAAUCAAUCUAUUGUUGAUAUCAGAGAUGAUGGUAAAAAUAUAAAAAUUGCUGGACUUUUUGAAAAAGAAGUAAAAAAUGCAACAGAGACAUUAGAUUGCUUAACACAAGGCUCAGUAGGACGUGCUACUGGUGCUACUGCAAUGAAUGCACAAAGUAGCCGAAGUCACGCAAUAUUCACUUUAUGCAUAUAUCAACAUAAAAAGAAUGAUCUUAACACAGCAACAACAGCGAAGUUUCAUUUGGUAGAUUUAGCUGGAUCUGAACGUAGUAAGAAAACGCAAGCAACUGGUGAAAGAUUUAGAGAAGGAAUUAAUAUAAAUAAAGGUUUAUUAGCAUUGGGAAAUGUUAUAUCUCAGUUAGGAGAGGGUGACCCUAUGGCAUACGUUGGUUAUAGAGAUAGUAAACUUACAAGAUUGUUGCAAGAUUCUCUUGGCGGUAAUUCUAUAACGCUAAUGAUAGCAUGUGUCAGUCCAGCAGAUUAUAAUUUGGAUGAAACUUUAAGUACAUUAAGGUAUGCAGACAGAGCAUGCAAAAUAAAAAAUAAACCUGUAGUAAAUCAAGAUCCAAAGAUUUCAGAAAUAAAUCGGUUAAAUAAAUUAGUACAAGAAUUAAAACUUGCUUUAGUAGAUCAAGAAAUUAAAGUUUCUUGUCCAUUGGAACAUCAAGAACUAACAGAAAAAAAUCAAUACUUGCAAAAAAAAAUAAGAGAUUUAACGGAAAAGUUCAAUAAUAAUUUGAUUGAAACUCUUGCCAUGCAUGAGAGAGCAGAAUUAGCUGAACAAGCUAGAGAAAAAAUUCAAACAAAUAUGAUCGAAAUAUUAGAAGAAUGUAAAAAUCUUCUAGACGAUUUUAAUAAAAAUCCUGGCAAAUACAAUGAACAUCGCUCGAGAUUAGAAGCUUUAUACUUAAAAAUUCUUGACAUACAAAACGAUCAAAAGAAAACAUCUGAAGAACUUAUAAAUUAUGAAAUAUCGUCUGUUAAUGCAAAUACAUUUACAAUAAACCACGAAGAAGAUUCAGAACAGACGUCUAUCGAUGAAAUAUGUUCUCCAGAUAGUUUAGACGAUUUUCAUGAAAAACAGGAAGAACAUACUUUACUUCAAGUGAAAAGGAACAACGAAGUACAAAAUAUCAAUAAAGAACUUGCUAUUAAGGAGAGUCUUAUAUGUCAGCUUUUAAAAAAUUCAUCUCAAACGAUGGAUUAUUCCAAAGAAAUACAAGAAAUGGAGCAGGAAAUAAAAACACUUCAAACAGAGAAAGAGGAACUUUUGCAAGCUUUACAGAAUAUACAAGCAAAUAAUGUUAGCUCAAAAUUAGCAGAAAAUAGACGUAAAAAAGUACAAGAAUUGGAAAAGAAAAUAACGGAAUUACGGCGAAAAGUAAUAGAACAAGAUAAAAUAGUUAAAAUGAAAGAGAAACAAGAUCAGCAGAUUAAAAAUUUAUCAAAUGAAAUGCGCAUGUUAAAGCAAACAAGAGUGAAAUUAAUUAGGCAAAUGCGUAAUGAAUCUGACAAAUUUACAAAAUGGAAGGGAUCAAAGGAGAAAGAAUUGAACAGGUUAAAAGAUCAAAAUAGAAAACAAGUGAACGAAGUGACGCGUUUAAAAAUGUGGUGUAGUAAACAAGAAAUUGUUUUCAAAAGAAAAAUGGAAGAAGCUUUUGCUGUUAAUAAAAGACUGAAAGAAGCUCUAGAUUUGCAAAAGAGAGUAAAAAAAGAAAAAAUGAAUAUCAAUACCGAUAAAAUUCGAGAUUGGUUGAUUCAAGAAAUAGAAGUAUUAGUAAGCACUAUUGAUGCAAAAUAUUCUCUUGAAAAAAUAAUGCAAGACAGAGCAUCACUAGUGUGCAUGUUAGAAGAACUUCAAAAUAGUAAUGAUGUAAAUGAGACAAAAAUUGCUGAACUUAAUGAAUUUUUAACUUUACGUAAUGCGCAAAUUACUGACAUACAACAACAGAUUGUUGAAUCUGAUCAAGAAAAUAAUGCGCAUACAAGAUGGCAAAGAAUACAUACAAUGGACGAAGCAAAAAUUGCUCUUAAACUAUUAACAAAACAUAUUGCAGAAAAUAGGAGAAAGCAAUGUGUAAAAGAAUAUGAAUAUAAUGAACUUCAAGCAAAGUAUGAACUAUUGCAAGCACAAUUAAAUGAGUACCAUAUAAGACAAAAAGAAAAACGUAUGUCAAAAAAACUUUCAUUAAAUGGUACACAUUCUAUUGAAGAAUAUAAAAAUGAAAAUGAAAGUAAAAUUCAAAAUGAAAAUGUGAAACCAAAAAAAGUUAGAGAAUUCAAAUCUAAAAAUUAUGAAUUAGAAACAGAUGAUAGUAGCACUGAAGACGAUAAUAUCGAGAAAGAUCCAGAUUGGAUACAAACACCACUUUAUAAUCGUAUACAAAGUCUUUUGAAUACAAAAAAAACUUCAUUAUUUGAUUGCAAAUCAGUGAAACGAACAUCAAAUGGAGAUACAAAAUGUAAUUGCAAAACGAAUUGUGUUACACGAAUUUGUACUUGUCGUAAAAAUAAAAUUUUAUGUGGUAAUAAUUGUAAAUGCGCCGUAGAUAAUUGUCAAAACAGAGAUCAAAAAAAUAUUGGUGAAAUUAUAAUGUCAGAUCAUCGACAUUGUCGUCAUCAAUUUUUCUAAAAGUACGGUUUUGUGAUAUUGGAAGAAAAUAAUUUUUCUAUUACAUAUAUGCAACAAGAUUUUAUGGAGACAACUAGAUUUUACAAUUUGUCAUAUUAAUUUUAUUUAAUGUCAAUUAAAUAGUUAAUAUUGUACAUUAAUUGAAUAUCCAUAUUGUAAAUUAACUUAAUAUAACCGUAUUGUAAAUUAUUUUAAUAUCUGUGUAUUGUGAAUUAACUUAAUAUCCAUAAGUGUACUGAUUAGAUAUUAAGAUAAUAAAA